UUCCCGAUCUAGCAGACGCUGGUCCACCGAGGUUCGGUGCGGCCACGGGUGGGACUCGUCCAGAUGCGCGGAGGGACGGAGCUACCAUGGCGUGGCGUCGCGCGAGGUGUCUCCUCCUGGCGCUGGGGUGCGUGACCUGUACGGGUGCCCGCGGCGGGGGCAGCGCCCUGGAAGACGACCUGGAGGCAGAGGGGUUCCUGCCCGUCGAGGGCCCCAGAGGGGACGACGGCGACGACGCGGCCUGCGGCGAUGACUCCCGGUCCUGGGGGUGCGCCCGCGCCAGGCUCGCAGCCUCGCCGACGGACCCGCCGUCGCGAGGCCCGGCCGGAGACAACAGCAUCGCGAGGUACCUGGACGACGGCGCGCGGACGCAGCUGUGGUCGUGGGCGCAGCGGCUGCUGGAGGCGUCGACGGGACAGCCAGGGGACGCCGAAGACCCGCACGAUGAGAGCAGAGGGAUGAAAGGAAUGAUGAACGACUCCUCGGACUCGGACAUGAAGGCCAUGAAGAUGAAGCUGAAGGACAAGAUCAAGCAGAAGAUCAAGGAGAAGAUCAAGGAGAAGAUGAAGGAGAAGGCGGGCAAGAACAAAGUGACCAUGAUGAUGACGGCGGCUGGAGCCAUGGGCAUGAUGGCGACCAGCAUGCUCAUCUUCAUGGCGAAGAAGUCGGUGAUCGUGUCGCUGAUGACCUUCGUGCUGAUGGCCAUGUCGAUGCUGAAGAAGGGCGGCGGCGGCGGGGGCGGCGGCGGGGGCGGCAAGUGCGGGCCGUGCGUGUGCAACUGCAAGGGCCCCGGGGGCGGCGGCGGCUUCAGCGCGGGCAAGGCCGGAGGCGGCGGGGGCGGCGCGGCCAGCUACUACAAGUCGUACCGCCGCCGCGGCAGCGCAGACCGCAGGCCGGAGGAGGCGGCGGCGUGGGUGGGGAGCGACCUCAGGAGCAAGCGGGACGAGUGA